AAGUGUCAUCAUUUAUAAACAUGGCAUCCGAGAUACGUGACACGUCUACGAUUUGCUUAUUUGACGUUGAUGGUACUUUAACCCCGUCUCGACAGGUAGGAUUACAUUAUAAAAUAAAACUAUAUAUAUAUUUCACUGAACCAAUCAACCUGUUUUGUUGUUGUUGUUUUUUUCUUUUCUUAUACAUUGUACUAUUCCGGGCCGUACCGGCAUUUUGCUGUUUCACAGUCUCAAUCAGUGACUGAGACUGUGACUCUGUUUCCUUGCCUUGGGUUGAGAUUAUGAGAGGAACUACCUUUCUCCUGCUUUUUUUCUAUUCCCUGUGAUUCUACAUUUCAGCUGAUUUUUCUAAAUUUUACUCUUUGUUAGUACCGUUAGAUAAAGAAGGGUUCUCUUCUUCUUUUUCUAUAUAUUAAGGGCCCAUGAUCAAUUUAUUGAUCAUUUUGACUCCUAGCCAUGUAGUGGGGAUUUGCAAUGAUUCUAUGCCUGGUGUUAAUGAGUAUAUUUCACUGGUUGCAAGGGCUACUUUGUGAGGGUAUCAAUAGUAUCAUUCACUGGAGGUUGGAAGGCCAGAGGCAAUAGACGCAAAUGUGUCAAGUGUUGUUGCCUCAACUGUUCCUUUUGAAAGCUUGUUCUAGUCACUGAUUGUCUUUGGCAGGAAUGAGUAGUUCCUUUACUGGCUUCUCACUGGUAUGAGCUGUAACUGCCUGUCAUGGCCUUGUCACUGUCUAUGGGGUAGAGGAACGAGUUUCUGUUUCAUGCUGGAGCUGUGGACCAGCCCAUUAUUUAUUUUGUACAUCAUGGAGAGUCGUCGUCGUUGUUCCUUCAUAAGUGACCAGCCCAGUGUUUCAAGCAUGCUGCCAACACUAGAGGUAUUCCUGUAGCAGCUCAGGACAAAGUGUACUGCUUGUCGCUGGACCACCUCCAACCUGUCGAUGCUCUUCUGAGUAAAUGGGUCCCAGACUGAAGAUGCAUAAUUUAAAAGCAGACGGAAAAAGACUUUAUAGGCUCUUUCUUUCACACUGGAGUUGCCGAUCUUUAGAUUACUCCUUAAGAACCCCAGGGUCUUGUUUGCCUGGUUGCACAGAUUGUUAAUAUGCUUGUCCCAGCAGACCUCUCUUUGAAUGGUAACACCCAGGUACCUUACGGAGGAAACUGGAUUAAGUAUAUGGCCAAGCAGUUCAUGGAGUGUAGAGGAGUACAACUUCUAGAAACUGACAGUGUCUGGCACUUGGCAGGAUGAAAUUCCAUGUCCCAGCUCAUCUCCCACUUAGCUAACUGAUUGAGAUCCUGUUGUAGCUGGUCCUGGUCAGUUCUGUUGGGGAUCGUCCUAUACACUGCCGUGUCAUCUGUGAACAGUAUUGCUUGGGAUGUCAGUUUCUCAGGUCGGUCAUUGAUGUAUGCUAGGAACAAACAGGGGCCUAGCACUGAUUCCUGGGGGACCCCUGACUUAACUCCGACAAAGGAGGCGCUUGUACCGUCCACCACUACUGCUUGUCAUCUGUUGCUGAGGAAGCUAGAGAUCCAUGAUUUAAUGGUGCCUUGGAUCCCAUAUCUCUGAAGUUUGAGUAGAAGCUUACUAUGAUUGACACUGUCAAAUGCGUUUGUUGACAGUCAUUGAGUAUAUUUUGGCUUUCAAGAUGCUUCAUGACUACGCCUACGAUUAUGUGCUCCAACAGUUUGCAUACUAUGCUGGUGAGGGAUAUCGGACGAUAGUUGGCAGGGUUGGAAUUUGCCCCUUUCUUGUUGAUUGGAGUAGAUUUCAUGUUGACACUUUUGUUGUGUCCCUUUUUUUUCAGGCUUUCUCCUACCUUUUUGAACUUGUUUGAGAAUGAAUAUAUGUUAAUCUGACUUGUAAUGUACCAAUUGUUCUAGAGAUUUCAGUGUUAGUGUUAGUAUUAGUAUGACUCCAAUGUUCAAUAUUUCUGUCUAACAUUUUUAUUCAAACAGCCAACAUAUUAGGCAGGUUCAAAUGCUAGUGUCAAGAAAUGUGCAUCCUAAUUAAGCUGAAUCCACAUUCUUUGGCAAUUUCCUAUUUCAGAACUACUUUUUUUUUCAUCACAGCUAAUUAUUUUUAAGAGAAAAUAAACUUUUCCUAUCCAAAUCUCUAAAAGCUUAAUGUCAAAAUUUAAAAGAAUCAACAUCUUCAUCCUUUACUUAAUCAAUGCUUUCUAUCUUUCUAUCUAAAAAGCUAAUUUAAAAUAAUUGUCCAUUUUUCUGUUGAAAUAGUUUUCUCUGCUCUACGAUAAGUUUUUAAACAAUUUUUUUAAAAAUGUAUUGUCCUUUUGGUUCUCUUACUGGUGUGCUCUGGUUUUCCCUAUAGUAAUUAAUGUUAGCUCUACACUUUACAACAAUUUAGAAAACAUCUUUUGUAAAUUUUUAUUAUUUUUCAAAAAUGUUAUUUUCAUAAAUGUACAGCUUGUUAAACCACAUGUAGAAGAAUUUCUACAGCAGCUCAAGCAAAAAGUCCUUGUUGGUCUGGUUGGGGGAUCUGAUUUUGUCAAGAUAGCUGAACAAAUGGGAGGACACAAAGAUUGUAAGAGCAUGCUAAAAAUAAUUUAAAAGUUAUUUUUCACAACAGAUUUUUAAUUAUAUAUUUUUAUAAAUGUUAGAUAAAUUUAAUGAAUAGACUUAUUAUUCCGUUAUGUCCCAUCUUUAAUUGCUACUGUAAUUAUGUCAAUAACGCCUCUUAUUGACACUGCCUCUUCUUACACUUUCUGGUUAAACCUAUGUUGCUAUUUUCUUAGUCUCUCCCUGGUUUUAAUUUUAUCUCAUGAGAUAAAAAGAAGUGGAUUUUUUUUAUUUGAGGAAUAUUCUUUUUUUUUUUUACAGUGUUAAAUCGCUUUGACUAUGUGUUUGCAGAAAAUGGACUGGUUGCGUAUAAAGGAACUACUCAAAUAGGUCAACAGGUGAAGUUUUUAUAAAGUUGUAGUUGACGAGUUAGAAAGAAAUGGUUGAGAGCAAGCUUAAAAGAUUGUUUUAUUUGAACAAAUUCUAAAUAUAAAUACUGAUGUUUUCUUGAAUACAUAUACGAGUAUUUCGUAAUUUUGAAAGCUUAUUAUCUUUUAAGUAAGCAUGUGCACUGCUUUUCUUUUUAUUAAUUGUUGCUGCAAGAACAUCUAGAAGAUAGGAUGUUCCACAUUUCAAUGUAGCGAAGGUUUUUCUCUCUUACUAAUACUAAUUUUGUUAAGUAGAUAUGCUGCAUAAAUACAUUUCUUUCAUUCACUACUUUAAUUUACCUUUUAUUUUUUUUCAGAAUCUCAAAAAAUAUGUAGGUGAUGAAAUCUUACAAAAGCUGAUCAAUUUUGCCCUUAGAUAUAUGUCAAACCUUGUAUUGCCAUGUAAACGGUAAAAUAAACAUUCAUUGAAUAAAGAUAAGCAAAUAGUUAGUGCUUUGUUGGUUUAAUUAUCAUGUAUUCCAAAUUUUCUCAUAAGUAAUUAUUCUCUCCUUUAUUUUUAACAAAAGAUUUCCUUGUUAUUUCCUUGUCAUAACAAGCAAGGGUGUUGGCAAGAUGAAUAAAAUAUUUAUGAAAAUAAAUAACAGGAUUGGUAGACCAUGUCUAGGAUGCCAUGACAUAAUAAUAAUAGCAAUAACCUAGUCUGUCAAGUAUUGCCCAUUUAUUUGUAUGCAUGCUUAACAAAAAGUAGGAGGUGGGAAAAUCUCACUUUAUGGUUUAUCUGAGAUACCGGGUAUAUUUUCUAAACAGCUAGAAUUGAUUGUGUCUACCAAAAAUAAUUUUCAGCAAAGCACUUCAAGUCAUGCAUGACAUAAUCUUAGCUUCCUUCUACAAUGCAAUAAUACAUUUAGAUAAUAGAGAGUUCAGAUCAAUUAAUUAUUAUCUAAGAGCUUGAAUUUUUAUAAAAUUAACUAAUUCCUUGAAAUCAGUAUUAUAAUUAUUUUAAAGUCUUCUCUUACAAAAGUGUUUACUGCUCUGUAUGACAAUAAUUGUUUGAUUUAACCACUGAGUGUUAUCUAGCUUUGCACUUGCAGUUUUAAUGGUAUUAAAACUUUGACAUUUAGUGUACAUUUUCAUAUUCUUACUCUUUGUUAAAAUUUUAAUAUUGGAAUAUUUUUCCCUCUAGGGGUACAUUUAUUGAAUUCCGAAGCUCAAUGAUCAAUAUUUGCCCAGUUGGGAGAAGCUGUUCCCAGGAGGAGAGAGAUGAAUUUGUUAAAUUUGAUGAAGUAAAAUGUUUAAUAAAUAUCAAAUUAAUUUUGUAAUAUGUUUUUAAGAAAAUAGUUUUGACAAUUAUUUUUGUAAAUAUUAAAAUUAGCUGAAGUCAUUUAUUUAACUUGGGUGGUUUUUUAAAAUUUUCCUUUGCAAUCAAUAUUAGAUGAUUAUUAUUUUUAUCAAAUAAAUAUGUAAAUGCAUGUGUAUAUAUACCCUAUGUAUCCCAAAUGUAUAUAUAUAUAUAUAUAAUAUAUAUUGUGAUUUAUUACAGGAGCACAAUGUUAGAUUACAAUUUGUUGCUGCUUUGAGAACAGCCUUUCCUGAUGCUGGUCUUGUAUUUGCUAUUGGAGGCCAGAUUAGUAUAGAUGUGUUCCCUGAAGGAUGGGACAAACGCUACUGUUUGCAGUAUUUAGAGAAUGACAAUAUUAAAACUAUUCACUUUUUUGGUGAUAAAAUUGAACAGGUACUUUUCAAAACCAUGUUGGAUUUUCAAUAGGUCAUUAUGUUCAUGUUUCACUAAAGCAAUGCUUCUAACUCUCUUUUUUUUCACAUUGACUUAUUUUUUUCUUAGUUUAAAAGAUUUUAAUGUAAAUCAAAUUUAAUAAACUAACCAAUGCAGGGCCGGUUCAAGGCGGGUACAAUGCGUGAUCAUCACACAGACGCCAAGACGCCCAAACCGCAGAAGGCAGCAAAAUUUGUUAUAAUCAAAUUUUAAACAAUUCUGGAUUCUUCCCAUAAUUUUCCAGAGAGUGGCAAUUGCCUAAUUUCACCCAACCUAAAAAUGUCUAGCCAAUGGUCAAUGUUGUUAAUAAUAUUUUUAUUUUUUUUAAAUAUACCUGUUAAUUUUGCUUUCUUUAAAUUGUCAUACCAUUAUGAUGUAUGAUUAGUUUAUUUUUAAACUGAGUAAGUUUUAUUGUAUAAAUUUCAUUCUUCAAAUUUUCAGGGUGGAAAUGACCAUGAGAUUUAUGAAGAUCCUCGGACUAUAGGUCACAAGGUCACCAACCCUGAUGACACAAUUAGGCAACUUAAGGAGCUCUUCUUCUCUUAACAAAAGGGGUGUUAAAUUUUAUAAUGUAUCUUUAACUUACAAAACUGAUUCUUUAAUUGCAAGUUAUUGCACUUUUUAAUUUAAAAGACAGUGGAAUUUUUUAUUGUAUGCCAUAUAAUAUAAUGUACAAGCUUUUAAAGCAUUAGGAUUUCAUAUUUUUAUAUGAUAUAAUGUAAAUGCUUCUGAAGCAGUUCUCCUCAAACUAUUAGUUUGAAAAGAUAUAAGUGUAUUCCUAUGAAAACUGCAUGUAUCUUUUUUUUUAGUGCAAAAAAAAAACAGGAAAAAAACAAUAUGAUAUCUAAAAUUAAGAAGAAUUUUAACCAAUGUAAAGUUAUUAGUAUUUCAAUGGAAAUUAAGGCCCCUGCUUUUGCGUAAAUAGAUGGCCAAUUUCAUGUUUCAUAUUUGUCACUACUACCUGCUACCUGGCUACCCGUACGGUGGACAGAGAAGCCAGGUCAAGGACCUCGAGCAUGCUUGAUCUGGCCCAGGGGCCAUAGUUUGAGGACACCUGUUUUAAGGCAUUAGGAAUUUAAAUUUCAUUUCAGCUCAAGACUGUGAGCUGUGGGAAACCUAAAUAAUUAUAACUUUUUUGCCAAACAUUGCGGGACACAAGUUACCGGAUGGUGUACAAUAAUUGUAUGUUGUUGCAGUGUAUGCAUUCUGUUAACAUAAAAGUGUAUUGCACAUACUAAAUUAUUUAACACAAUUUGGUGCAUUCCUAUAUGGUUCAUAUUCAUCACUCAUCAUCAGGAUAUAUGUUUACAACUUCAAGACUUGCUUCUUCAGUAUGUGCCACUAUUUGUGUUGACAAUGAUCUCAGGUGGUCUCAGUUAUCAAUUGGUUUAUAAUUAUUGACCACCGCUGUGCUUUCAUUUUUUUUCAUUAGUGUAUGUAUUGUUAGCUAAACUGCGAUUUUUUUUUAAAACUUACUUUAAAAUUUGCAUUGUUAAUAAGUAACUUACUUGUUCCUUAUCAUAAGUACUGCUGUAAUUUAUGGCAUAAAUGCAAACUAAAAAUAUUGAUGAGAAGUUGUAAGAUGGACCAGAUGAGUGGGAUAUAUAUAUAUUGGGUUAUUUUUUAAUGUUGGUCUCAUUUGUAAUCUACAUAUAAUAAAUAUUUUGUUACAAAAG